ACCCAGUUGGAAGUAUUUGGGAAUAUAAAAUGAAGGAACUUUGCUUCUCUGCUACAUUAUGCAACAGCAGCACACUGCGACUAGUGAUCGCACACACACACCUCUCCGUGACAAGCUGACCACCACCUUCACGCUGUAGUGUUCUUGGGACACCCGUGCGUGCGCUCGUGAGUGAGCUGGCGGAGUGUUUUCGGCGAGUUUUGUCGUCUCGCGGCUGUCGCCCCGGAGUGGAGAACUCGAAUCCGCUCUUGCGCCUCCGUUGAGCCGGUUCCACCGCAAGCACAGCCAUGGCAGGGGACGGAUCUGAGCGCGCUCUACAAUAUGAGCAAACCCUGAUGUAUGGGCGCUACACACAGGACCUGGGUCUGUAUGCGCGGGAGGAGGCGGCUCGCCUGCGCGAGGAGGCGGGGCUUCGGCGAAGUUUGAGUGACAGGCGCAAAUCUCUAGAGCUGCUGGAGUUUGAGAAGGGUCGCUGCGCCAAGUGCAGGAGGUAUCCAUACGCCCUGGAGGCUCCAGCUCAGGAUGUGUUUUCUGUCUGUACAGUGCGCUGUCAGAAGUUCCUGAUCUCGCGUGUGGGAGAGGACUGGAUCUUCCUGAUCCUGCUCGGCCUGGUCAUGGCCCUGGUCAGCUGGGCAAUGGACUUCUGCAUCGCCAUCUGCCUGCAAGCACAGAAGUGGAUGUUUGGAGGUCUGGAGAGUAAUGUGUUUCUGCAGUAUCUGGCCUGGGUGACUUACCCUGUAGUGCUCAUCAGCUUCUCGGCAGGGUUCACACACAUUGUGGCCCCACAGGCAGCAGGGUCGGGUAUCCCAGAGAUGAAGACCAUUCUGAGGGGGGUGGUGUUGAAGGAGUAUCUGACCCUCAAGACCUUUGUGGCCAAAGUCAUCGGCCUCACCUGUGCACUGGGCAGUGGUAUGCCUCUGGGGAAGGAGGGGCCGUUUGUACAUAUUGCGUCACUUUGUGCAGCUCUUCUCAGCAAGUUUAUGUCUCUCUUCGGAGGAAUCUAUGAGAAUGAGUCACGGAACAUCGAGAUGCUUGCUGCCGCCUGCGCGGUUGGAGUGGGCUGCUGUUUUGCUGCACCCAUCGGAGGUGUCCUGUUCAGUAUUGAGGUAACUUCCACCUUCUUUGCGGUGCGGAACUACUGGAGGGGUUUCUUUGCUGCCACCUUCAGUGCCUUCAUCUUCAGAGUACUGGCAGUGUGGAAUAAAGAUGAAGAGACCAUCACUGCGUUGUUCAAAACUCGCUUCAGACUGGACUUCCCCUUUGACCUCCAGGAGCUGCCAGCUUUUGCUGUCAUAGGGAUUGCGAGUGGUUUUGGGGGAGCUCUCUUUGUGUACCUCAACAGGCUUAUUGUCCAGUUCAUGAGGAAGCAGAAAACCAUCAACAAGUUCCUCAUGAAGAAGCGUCUGCUAUAUCCAGCUCUAGUCACUUUGCUCAUCUCUACCAUCACAUUCCCACCUGGUUUUGGUCAGUUCAUGGCUGGAAGGCUGACGCAGAAGGAGUCCCUAGUGACGCUGCUGGAUAAUCGCACGUGGGCCAAGCAGGGCAUCGCCGAGGAGUUCGACUACAUCGGCCACUCCCAGGCCUGGCAGCACCCUCAGGUCAACGUCUUCGUCACUCUCCUCAUCUUCAUCGUCAUGAAGUUUUUGAUGUCUGCUUUGGCUACAACCAUUCCAGUCCCGUGUGGCGCUUUUAUGCCCGUCUUUGUCAUUGGUGCAGCAUUUGGCAGGUUGGUUGGUGAGAGCAUGGCUGCCUGGUUUCCUGAUGGCAUACACACAGAAAGCACCACCUAUUCUAUAGUUCCAGGAGGCUACGCAGUCGUGGGUGCGGCUGCGCUGUCAGGUGCGGUCACACACACAGUGUCGACGGCGGUGAUCGUGUUUGAGCUGACGGGUCAGAUCUCGCACAUCCUGCCCAUCAUGAUCGCGGUGAUCCUGGCCAACGCGGUGGCCCAGAGCCUCCAGCCCUCCAUCUACGACUCCAUCAUCCGAAUCAAGAAGCUGCCCUACCUGCCCGAGCUGGGCUGGGGACACCACGAGAAGUAUAACAUCCGUGUGGAAGACAUCAUGGUGCGGGACGUGCGCUACGUCACCCUGAACUCCACCUACAGAGACCUGCACGACGUCCUGCUGACUGGACACCUCAAAACACUCGCCCUCGUGGAGUCCGCAGAGUCUAUGAUCCUGCUGGGCUCUAUUGAGCGCGCUCAGUUGCAGGCCCUUCUGUCCCAGCAGCUGGGUCGCCCGCGACGACUGGAGUACAUGCACCAGCGCGCCCAGGCCGACAAGAAGCGCCUGUCCGAGAUCAGCGAGGAUGGAGGUCAAAGGGUCAACCAGGAGGUCCGCUUCCAGAUCUCCACUGAAGAGUCCUCCUACAGCCCUCCUCGCUCUGUGAGCCCCAAGCCUCUGAAGCCGGCGCUGAAGAGAUCAUCUGUAGUGGAGCGCAGCACAGAGAUCCCCAUCAGUCCUCAGGACUCUGGUAUUGCUCUGAAGAACCUCUUCUGUGCCUACCCUGAGACGGAGGGACUGGAGAAUAAUAACAUGGAGAGUUCAGUGACUCCUGAGCUCAAACGGCCCAAACGCGUCAGGAUCUCUGUUGUGGAUGACCCAUAUGUGGAGGACGACAUGACCAUCAGAGAGAUUGCUGAGUGGGAGGAGCUUCAGCUUGAUGAACAGAUCAACUUUGACAACUGCAAGAUAGACCCCGCCCCCUUCCAGCUCGUGGAGCGGACAUCACUUCACAAGACACACACUAUCUUUUCUCUUCUGGGAUUGGAUCACGCCUAUGUCACCAGCAUUGGAAGACUCAUCGGUGUCGUCUCCCUCAAAGAGUUACGGAAGGCCAUAGAGGGUUCUGUUACAGGGAAGGGGGUGAAGGUGCGCCCCCCGCUGGCUAGUUUCCGUGACAGCGGCACCAGCAGCAGUGAAACCGAGGCAACGGAACUCCACAAGCUCUGGGACCGCCACACCAGCAUCAGCCUGCCACGAGAACACCUCCAGACCUCGGAUUCAGACGACAAGUCUCAAUAACACACACACACACACACACACACACACACACACACACACACACUCCUGAGUCUACCCUGAGACCACCAGGACUGUGACUCUGAUGACUUUGAAGUCUUAAAAACAAAACCUGAGAGGGAGGGGGACAGUGAGAGAACGAAAAGGGCUUUCAUUUGAGAUUAUGUGUUAAACUGACCCACCCCACUCUCUUCUCUCUCUCUCUCUCUCCCUCUCUCUCUCCCUCUCUCUCCCUCUCUCUCUCUCUGUUUGUUCUUCUCCUUCUCUAACAGCAUUCUAUUCUUCCUCCUCUUCUUUUCUCUGCGGUUCUCAUGUUCCCUCCUUCCUCUUCCUUGGCUAACAGCUGUGUGUAGCAUCCUAACUCUGCAAGGGGAGGGUCUGAUCCAUGUCAAUCACUCACUGACCAAUCACAGACCCUCCCUCUGCACUGACGGACCAACCACAAACAUCCCCUCAAUUCUGAUUGACCAGUUACAAGCACACCUUCAGCACUGACCAGCCAAUCUCUGAUCUUCCCUCAACACUAACUGACCAAUCGCAAACACCCCUAAACACUAACUGACCAAUGAUAAACAUUCCAUUCAACAUUAACUGACCAAUCAUAACAAUCCCCUCAACACUAACUGACCAAUCAUAAAGAUCCCCUCAACACUAACUGACCAAUCAUAAAGAUCCCCUGACCACUCUCUCUAGACACUAAGAAACUCUUUCCUGUCGUAUAGUGCCUUUCCGUUUUAACCAAUCAAAACUGCUGUUUUAUAACCUCAAGUGCCGUGCACCAAUCACUCCUGCACUUUAAACAAGUACUGACCAAUCCUAGAGCCUGGGUACCAAUCUCUCUGGUGGAGAUUUCUGACCAAAUAUCAACACUAAUAUUAACACUCCAUGCUCUCUCUCUCUCCCUCUCUCUCUCUCUCUCUGUCUCUAUCUUUCUCUUUCUCAUGGUCCAGUCUAUUUCAGAGGGACUGGACAUUCGCUGUUGGCAAAACAUCCACAGAAUGUUCCAAUCACACAGAUCACAAACAGUCAUCUUCAAAAGUGGCGAAAUCCGUCACAACAGCUACAACAUUCUGUCCAGCGUACAUUCAGAUCCACACACACACACACACACACACAAACACACACACACACACACACACACACACACAAACACACACACACACACACACACACACACACACACACACACUCCUUUUGUCUUCCUGUGGUGCCCAGACCUGUCUUGCACUUCUUACCAUGGGGUGGUGUUGCCAUAGCAACGAAGACAAACACUCCGUGUCUUCACUCAGAGUCCUUAUGUCAAAUCAGCAUGAACAAACACACACAUGCACACACUGGCUGAUGAGCACACACACACACACACACACACACACACACACACACACAUUCAGAGGUCAUGGCAAGUGUGUGUGAUGUGUGAUAUGAAGGGCUGAAUGUUUGUUUGUUUGUUUGUAAACGUGUUCUGACCAAACACAUGUGAGCAGUAGGAGAGAUUAGCUGACUCCUCCCUAUGUGCUCAUUUUCAUUGGUCUGGAUUUGUGUCCAUAUCCCACCCUCAACCAAUCAGCUGUCAUCAUUGCUUGAAAUGAUGGGAGGCGGGGCUUGUUGUAACAUGCAUCAUGGAAAUUUAAAUUCUUAUUUUUCUGACGUAAUUUUAGUUUUAAGCCUGGUUUGUUUCUGAUUUAUUGUGUUUGAAAAUUAUAUCUAUAUCAAAAUAUAAUGAUAUUUUCUCUAUGUUUAAACCUAAAGAUGUUUCACCUGUGUCCAAACCUAAUGAUAUUUUAUUGCUUGACGACCAGCAGGAUACAGAAGUCCUGUUCGGAUGAUGAGAUUGGUCUAGGCGUUGGUUGUCACGGCAACAGGAGAGCGUGUUUAGAUGCCUACAUAUUUAAUAUAUUAAACCCCAUCUGUGUGGAGACGCAGAUGAACUUCAACUCUAACUUAUGUUGUGUGUGUGUGUCUGUGUGUGUGUGUGUGUGUGUGUGUGUGUGUGUGUGUGUGUGUGUUUGUGUGUGUGUGAGAGCGUAGCACAGGCUCUUCCUGCUCUGGGCUGAGCUGUGCCAGGCUUUGUCAAUGUGCUAUUUCUUGAUGUUUGAUUUUUUGUGGUAGUUUGUCCAGAGACUCAAGUGACAUUCCCACAACCUUCCUACAACAUUCCCACAACCUUCCUAUAACAUUCCCACAACCUUCCUACAACAUUCCCACAACCUUCCUACAACAUUUCCUCAACCAACCAGGUUAGCGCCUCAGCCAAGCUGACAGAUAAGUGUUCCUUGCGUCAGGGUGAGUGUAUUGUGUGCUCUACGGGUCUCUGCUGAGUGGAGGUGUCGGGGAGGUUGUGCUGAGGUUGCCGCAAGGUUUUCCCUUGGGAAUAUGUACUGUAUCAGGGCGAGAGAGGACCAUUUCAUUGGUCAUAGGAAGCUGUCUGUCAUCUCACCGAGUGCCUGAGAAAUCUACAAAUGACUGGAAAAUACACAGACACACACACACACACACACAUCUGCAGUACUCCUAUCUCUUCACAGUGGGGACACACACACAUACACACUCACAGUGCCUGAGGAAUCUACAAAUGACUG